UUAUUAUUAGUUUAGAGUUGUAUUGUAAUGAAAGCUUAGACUGAGAGAUGUGUCGCUGCAGUGCAGUUAUGAAAGCUCUGAUGUUCCUCACAUUUUCUCUUCAUCCUUCAUUAGCGGUCACACACAUUCUGGAGUUUAUUGUUACUGGAGUUACAACAGGACAGAUUUUCCCAGAAUUCACCUCUGUGGCUCAGGUGGAUGAAGAGAUGUUUUCCUACUAUGACAGUGACAUCAAGAAGGCGUUGCCAAAGACAGAGUGGAUAAAGAAGAUUAAUAAUGAUUACCCAGAUUACUGGAACACACAGGCACUGCUCUAUAAGGAAUGGCAGGGGACCUUCACAAACUGUUUGAAUAUAGUGAUGAAGAACUUUAAUCACACUACAGGUGUUCACACGGCACAGUUGAUGUUCGGCUGUGAGCUUGAUGAUGGCGGCACCACUAGAGGACACGCGCAGUUAGGAUAUGAUGGAGAAGAUUUCCUCAGUCUGGACCUAAAAACUAAAACCUGGAUUCCAGCCAAACAUGGAGCUGAGAUCAACAAACAUAUUUGGAAUUAUGUUAAUGAGACUACUAAGGACUGGAACGACUAUGUGAGCACCACCUGUAUCGACAGGAUAAAGAUGUAUGUGUCUUACAGGGCAGGGACUCCGGAGAGGAAAGUUCAUCCUGAGGUGUCGGUGUUCCAGAAACACUCUCCUUCUCCAGAGGUGGUGUGUCACGCUACAGGUUUCUACCCCAAAGCAGUGAUGAUCACCUGGCAGAAGGACGGAGAGGACGUGCAUGAGGACGUGGAGCUCAGAGAGACGUUACCCAACCAGGAUGGAAGCUUCCAGAAGAGAAGCAUUCUGAAAGUCCCAGCUGAGGAGCUGCAGAAACACACCUACACCUGCGUGGUUCAACACAGCAGCUUGGAGAAGGAGUUAGUGCGAGAAGUACCAAAAGAUGGAGGAUCAGAUGGAGCACCGAUUGCCAUCAUCACUGCUGUAGUCGCAUCUCUCGUCGCUGUUGUUGCUGGAAUUGUUGUCUGGAAGAAGAAGAACUCUGGCUUCACACCUGUUCCACCCAAACCCUCCUCUGAAGGAGAUUCUUCCUCCAACAACUCUUAAAGUGUGACUGUG